UUUUUUUUUUACGCUAUUCGACUUGAUGCUUUAAUCAUGUUUCCUUUACUACCCUUUACUUUAUACCCUUCUUCUACUUCUUCAUGCUCAUACAAUACCCUUAAUUUAUAUCCUCCUCCUCCUCCCGGAUCUCCCGAUGACGAAGGUUGUAAAUUACUAGACGGUUUUGCUAUACUAGUUCAAUUUAUUUUGGCCUCUUCUGCUUUUAUUAUACUUGUUUAUAAACGAUAUAGAGAACGUCCUCAACGACCUGUAGAAAUAUGGGCACUCGAUGUUAGUAAACAGUUUAUCGGAGCAGCAGUUAUUCAUUCGUUGAAUAUCCUUGUUAGUUAUGUUGUAGGUCAUCCUCGUCAUGGUCCUCGUAGUAAUCUUUGUGUAUGGUACAUGUUGAAUGUACUUGUAGAUUGUACUCUUGGUGUUGGUAUCCUUUGGUGUUGGCUUCGUGGUUUACAAUGGUUUUUAGAAAAAAAAUGUCAUUUGAACUACGUCCGCAGUUAUGGACCUCCUCCUUUGAAACGACGUUUGACUCCGUGGGCAAAACAAACCUUGGUAUUCAUUGUGGCUGAAGGUUUGAUGAAAUUAUGUGUCUAUCUUAUCUUUCGUUUAUUCCCUAUUCUAUUUCGAUUUGGUGAAUGGGCUCUUCGUUGGACAAAAGGAAAUUAUCGCUAUCAAGUUUUAUUUGUUAUGCUCAUUUUCCCAUUAUUCAUGAAUGGAAUGCAAUUUUGGAUUGUAGAUACUAUUGUCAAAGUCACUCCUCGGUUUUAUGAAUCACUUGAUCCUAUAACGUCUCAUCAUGAUUCAGUUGACGAAGAACAAGGUCAUCCAUCCUCUACAGAUGCAUAUGAUGAACGCUCUCCUUUAUUAGACAAUAGAUUAUAGUUUAUUUAUUUAUUUACUUGUCAAUAAACAACCUUUUGGGUCUCAUACAA